AUGGCUCCUCCAUGCUGCUGGUACUCAGAGAGCGCAUUGCAGGACAUGCAGGGCUGGUCGGGCGUUCAAUCAGGAUUCGAAUCUCCUAUGAAGCCGAUGGUGAUGGUCCUCGAGACCCCAUGCAGGAGCCACGUGUCCUACUUCGGCUUCAUGUUCGAAGUGAGCGCAAGGAAGCAAACGAUACACAUCACAGACCUUCAAAUGGCUUCUUCCACCAUCCUCCCAGGACCCUUCUUAUACAGAGUGUACGUUACAAAGAACGCAUGCGGUGAGAGCGUGGACGAUGCAGAAUAUGAAGAUGGGAUUCGCGGUGUCCUCAACGAGAAGGAUGCCUGGAAGAAAGUCUCAGAGGUUCAAACUUCUUUGCCGUGA